AUGAUUGAAGUGCAGGAAAAUGAAUCUUCAGGACGGCGUCACAUACGAAAGAGAUUCCUGCCAUUCCAUCACGGUCGCCGUUUCUUCAAGGUGAUAGAACCCGAACAGAGAAAUGUCGACGUUGAGGUGAAGUUAGCGAAGGACGUUCGCGGCUCAUUAGGCUUAGAGCUGUCCUUAGAACUAUGUGUAGUUUGUGGGAAUAGAGCCAAUGGUAGGCACUACGGGGCGAUCAGCUGCGUGGGUUGCAAGCUCUUUUUUAAGCGCAGCAUCCGCAAGCAGCUGGGUUACCAGUGUCGAGGAAGCAAAAGUGAAGUUUCCAAACACCGCAAAAAUCGUUGUCAGUAUUGUAGACUUCAGAAGUGCUUGGCGAUGGGCAUGAGAAAUGACUAUAAUGUGCAACGUAAAAGAAAACCGGUAUUGGGUGAGCCCAACUAUGAAGAGAUAAACGAAGUUCCCUCGAGCGUAGGACACGACUCACCACUGCCCGUCCACACCGUUACGCCGCGGCCGAAGAGGAGAAAGACACACUGUGAGAACAUGUUGCAAUCUGAUAAUAACAGCUAAAAAUAUAAGGCAAAUGAAAAAUUUAACAAUUUUAUCUUUGUAAAGUUGUAUAGUUAUUACAAAAAUAAAAAAAAAUAUAUGUAUCUAAUUAUUUUGAUAUCUAAGAGAAUUAACAAACAAAUAACCGUAUCUUCAACCCAAAUAAAUUUUGACCUAUAAAUAUUUGAUACUGAAAAAAUACCUUAUGCAGGUAUCUGUAAAAUAUAACACUAAAAAAUAUAUGCCUUAAGCAAAUUUUCUAUAUCUAAGACUUGAUAUAGAUAUUAAAAUAAAAAAGGAAUGUUCCUCUCAUAGCCUUGAAUUUCCCUUGACUUUUAUACGAAAAAAAAUGUAUUAUAGUUGAUUAAUAGUUAUAAACAUUGUGUAUUUUUGCAUUAUAUGUAUAGUUUUACUUGUAAAAGCGAAUGAAGCAAUAUACAACAUUAAUUGCUUCUUCGUGAAAAUAAACUAUAGAACAUGAACGGCAGGCUUUAAGUGAUUUACGUCUAAGAGUUAAGUAUUAUAUAUUAAAAUGAACUAUUGUCUUAUUUUUAAGUCACAAACACGUUGGACGAGUAUAAUCGCAUACACAAAUGUAAAAAUUUGAUAAAAUAAUUGAUGCUUCUCUUUUCAUUUCAACAAGUAUGAACAUAACAAUACAAAAUUACUAAGAAAAUUAUUUCAAAACGGCACACUAAAAAGACGACAAUUAUACGAGAACCAAUUAUUUAUUUAAAUCGAGUUGUACAUUUUUUCUCAUAUUUAUUACAGAUAUAUUAUGACAGCGCAUUAAAGGUAUAUCUAUUUAUGUAUAAUGUAUGUCAUUGUAUGUAAUACAAACUAUCAAUCCCAAUAUGUCGCGACGUCUAUCUAAAUGACUAAUGGCUCGUGCACAUACAAUAAUUUAUAUGUAAAUUGCGGUAUGCAUUACUGUAAUACUGAAGUAUCAAAGCGUGACGCCAUAUAUCUUCCCAUUUUCGACAAUAAAGACGCAAAAGCAUUAUA